AUGGAAAGCCUUCUGCGAGAAGUGCAACGACUGGACGACAACCCCAUCGGCGACGAGUCGUUCGCAGCGUUCGCCCAAAGAGGCCAACAAUGGACUCAAGAGUUCGCUGCCGACCAGCGCCUGGACUACGGGUUUGGUUUGGAGUCGGAGCCUCGGCUGCGAUUGGAUCAGGAGUUGGCGGACGCGAAGUGGGCCGACGAGUACUUGGCGGAGACGGAGCGCCAGUUCACACCCAACCCGUUGGACACCACUGUUGUGGCCGCCGACCAGUGGUUGGAUGAGUUCCGCGCCGCCGAAGACCCGCUGAGUUUGACCGCAGAGGCGAACAAAUUGAUGGAAUCGAUUGAUCCGUCGCUCAGCGAAACAGAGUUCGUUCGCUUCGUCCAAAAGAUGGGAAACUCUGAGCUCUCGCUCGACAGCGCGACCACAGCUGACAACUGGUCCCAAGACUACGCACAACAGCUCAACAAACGGGCCGACAAUUGGGCCCAAGAGUUGACGAAUGAGUUGACGAAUCAGAAGACGUCCGAAGAGGAGCGGCACGACUUGGACGACGACACGGAGUUUUGGUCCAAACUGGCGAAGGACUGGAAGGAAAUUGGUUUAGUCGACGACCAGUCGUCGGCCGACAGCCAAUGGGCGUCCGAUUUCAUGGCCGCCAAAGACGAGUAUAAGUUCAACGAAGAGAAUCCACUGCGAGAGCACCCGAACCCCUUCGAGGAGGGCCUUAAGAAGCUCAAGGAGGGGGACAUACCGUCGGCGGUGUUGCUGUUCGAGGCGGCCGUCCAGAGGGAGCCCAACGAUCCGGUUGUUUGGCAAUACUUGGGGACAACUCAGGCCGAGAACGAACACGACUCGGCCGCCAUCGCCGCCCUCACGAAGUGUCUGUCCCUCGAGCCCAACGACUUGAAGGCGUUGAUGGCAUUGGCGGUCAGCUAUACGAACGAAUCGAUGCAAACCCAGGCGUGCAAUACAUUGAAGGAAUGGCUCAAACGGAACCCCAAAUACCAGAACCUUUUACCUCAAGAGACGCCAACCGCACAAUCAAAUGUCGACGCCUUUGGGUUCGGACCGCCGUAUGCUAUCUCUUCGAUCAUCACUUCGGGUCAACACAAAGAAGUAAAGGAGUUGUUUAUAGCGGCCGCCCGUCAGUCGCCCACCGAUGCCGACCCCGACGUCCAGUGCGGGUUAGGGGUGCUGUUCAACCUGUCGGGCGAGUACGAGCGGGCGGCCGAUUGUUUUCAAUCCGCACUCCAGGUGCGACCCAACGACAGUUUGCUGUGGAACCGGUUGGGCGCCACUCUCGCCAAUGGCAGCCAAUCCGAGGAGGCCAUCAACGCAUACCGGGAGGCGCUGGCCAUUAGCCCCGGCUUUAUUCGGUCGCGAUUUAACUUAGGCAUCAGUUGUAUCAAUUUGGGCGCCUAUAGGGAAGCGGCCGAACACUUUCUCACUGUCCUCAACCUUCAGGCGGCCGGUCGCGGCCCAGUAGGCAGUCGGCCGCUCACGUCCGCCAACGUGUGGUCGACCCUACGAAUGGUCAUGACUUUGAUGAAUCGCAUGGAUCUGUUGCCAUUCGUCGACAGCAGAGAGUUAGAGAAACUGAAUAACGAAUUUCAGAUGACUGACCAAAACACAUGA